AGCAAUGAUAUUUAUAUUCUAUUGCUUUUUCUUAAUUACACUACUACAGAUAACAGAUUGAUUGUUGACACUCAAGUUGAAGAUGAUGAUGCAAAUGGUUUGAAGCUUAACAGAAUAGCAUCAAUUGAAUUGCCGCAAAGCAUUAUAAAUAUUGUUGAGAGUGAUACCAUUGAUUUAUCAUUCACAAUGUACAAUCAAUCAGUACUCUUUCCUGUUCGAGAUCCUCCACCUAAUACAAUAGUAGGAUCAUCUGUCAUUGGUGCAAGAAUUGGUGGAGUAGCUGAUGGUACUAAACUAAUUGACCCUGUAGUCAUUACUCUGUCUCUGAAUAGAGUAGCUAAUGCUAGUAACCCUCGCUGUGUGUACUGGAAUUUUACUAUUGCAGAUGGCAGGGGUAAUUGGUCUACUGAUGGUUGUAAUACAACACUUAAUACUACUGAUGAUCUCAGUUUCAUAGCUUGCCAUUGUGAUCAUUUGACUAAUUUUGCUUGUCUUGUGGAUGUAUCUGCUAGAGUCAGUGAACCUACCCAACCCCCUCAAUAUGUCACUGUUACACUAGAAGUUGUAUCAAUUGUUGGUGUGUGUCUCUCACUAGUGGGACUAGUACUAACAAUUAUCACUUUAAUUAUAUUCAAGAAACUGAGGACAAGGGAAGCUAGCAAAUUUCACAUUCAACUUUGCCUCUCAUUAAUAUUUAUGCUAGCAGUUUUUGUGAGUGGUAUUGAUAGAGUAUUAGUGAGAGCUGGUUGUAUAACAGUUGGUGUUCUCAUACAUUACUUUGCUCUUGUUGCCUGGAUGUGGAUGGGAGCUGAGGCUUUACUAAUGUUUCAGAAACUAGUCAUUGUAUUCACAGACAUAACAUGGAAAUAUUUAGUUGGUAUCUCAUUUAUAUGCUGGACUCUACCACUUAUACCAGUUAUAAUCACAUUAGUAAUUGAUGCUGAUUUCUACAUUUAUUUAUACGAACCAGAAAACGAGUCUGGAUUUUGUUUCAUUAGUGACAUUAUCCCUUUUAUUGCUGCUUUUCUACUUCCAGUCUUUGUCAUACUUAUCUUCAACAUUAUUAUAUAUGUCAUCAUUAUUCGUGUUCUUAUUCUCCACACUAUUCGUAAGAACAAGAGAAUGAGUAAGUCUCACCUCACCACAUCUGAAGCAGUAAAAUUGAUAUUAUCUUUUUCUGGUAUUUUGAUGCUGUUUGGUCUUACAUGGUUAUCUGCUGUCUUCACAUUUAUUACUGAGCCUAACAUCUCAUUCACAGUUCAGUUCUUCUUUGCUUUCUUCAAUGCUUUUCAAGGAUUCUUUAUAUUCUUCUUUUUUGUCAUCCUGAGCAGUGACUCAAGAGAUGCUUGGAGGUCACUCCUCUGCCCUUGGACUCUUGAAGACAAAAAGAAGCCACAAAUAUCCACAACUGUUAAAAGCAAAACUUUAAAUAGUAAAACCACGUCACUGCAGAAGAAAAAUGCACCAAGAAAUUUAAUUUUAAGUUACGGAGAAAAAAGUAUGCCUGAUGAAAAACAGGCAGAAUUUACUGAUAAAUUAAUAUUUGAGAAUGAAGCAAUUUUUGAAGACGAGGUAUUUUCUAUCGAUGACGAGUUCAUGAUGUCCGAGUUCAAUAAUAUUCGUUUUGAUCGUCAACUUUCUACUCGAUGUAAACAUCUUGUAGAAAAAAUUGAGAUUGACUUUUUUGAUGCCAAUGAAGAUGAUUGAAAUGUGAAGCAUAAACUUUUUCAUUGAUAGUUAAUUAGUCACUGACAGUGAUUUAAUUUAAUUUUUGUUACAGUUGCAUGUCUAGACAUAGAUCAGCUUAAUCUCUUGUUAAUGCAUUUAAAAUUGUUAUUUUCGUCUAAUUUCGUUUGUAGUCAUCAAUUUCAUAUUUUGAUUUAGUGAAUAGUGAGAUCAAUGUGUGUUAUAUUAUUUUGUG